GCUCAGGUACAGCAGCCUUCAACAGCCAAAAGACUUCAACCAACCAAUCAGCAUCUGCAGACAGAGAUCAAACAUGACCAACUUUGUCGUUGCCCUUGGAGUGUCUCUGACAGCAGCUGAAGAGAAUUAUUUCAGGGCACAGCAAUACAACAUGUGCGCAACCGAUCUGAGCAAAACCCAAUGUAGUCAUCCAGUUAAACUCUGGUACAAAGAGGGCCCCAGCGGUGGAAUCACCAGGAUCCAAUUUUCCUUCACCAAGGGCAUGGAAGAGGGCCUGAGAAGUACUGGGUUCACAAAGUGUGAAAAGAACAUCAACACUGGAACAGGUGGAGACCCGGUCUACCUGUGGUACUUGAAUGGUACUGAAGAGAAUCAUGUUCCCAUCACAGACAUUGAGGUGUCACGUAAGGAUGAAGCCAGGAAGUUCACCUUUGGCUGGGAGAAGCUGGCCUGCAACCUGAACAGGGGAACUGGAGAGGCCGCCUUCCUGUGGGUGAAGAGAGAGCAGAAGACCUACAUCAAAAGCAUGCAAACUACUGACCACUAUGAAAACGACGAAGAACUUUUCAAAAAUGGGUUCAUCAGAGUGGAUGAAAGCACCAACAGAGGUGUUAACGGCAGGCCAGUCUUCCUCUGGUACCUUCCCUCCACCACCAAGGAUGGGAACUAUACCACCCUGCAAGUCUCCACCAACAAGGAUGAGUAUCAGAGAUAUCAAAAUGGGGGCUACUCUUUAGUGAUCCCCUCAGUAAAUCUCAACAGUGGGAAUACAGGCAACGAAGUAUUCCUGUGGUUCAAGAAAGAAGAGGCCAACAAGAAUCCAAUCAGCAACAUGGUUCUGAUUUACAACCAGGACCGCAUGACUGAGUAUGAGAGUGUUGGGGUCAGAGUCCUCCAGGGGAACCUCAACUCUGGUGAUGGCUGCCCAUGCUUCCCUGCAACUCCGCUAUACCUGGGCUAUUACUAGUGAAUCUCCAUGGAAACAGAGCUGAGCAUGCUCAGUGAAAAGCAAAAAAGUUUCCUCCCAAUUGGUUUCAUGGUGGCAUUUUGUUCUUCUACUUCUCUCUAAAUAUUCUGGUUCUAUGGUCCCCAUGUGUGAAAGUGUCAGAUACUGUAACUUCAUGCUCAUGGAUUCUCUUUGUUUCAAUAAAGUUCUG